AUGGCGGUGACCAACGGCUAUUCUACAUCCCCGGUCUCCAAUACUGGGAGUGUCAGGGAUGAACCUGCAGCCAAUGACACUGGGAGCCUAUCUGAUCCCUCUGAACAGCACGUCGCUUCCGAGUCCUCCCCCGAACCGGAUGCCGCGGACGAGUCCUAUGAUGCGGGUUCCCCCGAUGGUGAAGGUGAAGAGGAAGCCUCUGCGGAGGAAAACAGCUCCAGACAGGGGAGUCCCUCGAGUGCAGAAAAUUUUUCAUCACCGGAAGCAACACGCGGGACGAAACGCAAAUCGUCGCCGAUUGACGAAACCACAUACAUGAGAAACAAUCCUGACCUCUACGGACUUCGUCGAAGCGGUCGAGCUCGUAUGACGCGUCAGGUGGCCCAAUCUGACUCUGACUCUGACUCCGAUGAUGUUGCGCCCCGCGCCAGGCGUCGACGCCCUGCAGCCUCUCGACAAUCCUCGAAACUCCCCUCCCGCUCUGCCACCCAGUCGUCGUUUUCUGAAUCGGACAGUGAUGAGUACGGUGGCAGUCGUGCUCGCACGAACAAAGCAAAACGUCGACGCCUCCUCCAGGCCUCCUCUAACGCGCCCUCUCAUGCAGAGGUCCGCUUCUCUACCAGAAACGCCUCGAGGGUCUCGAACUACAAUGAAGAUAAUGAUGACUCUAUGUUUGAGGAUGAUCCAGAGGAUAUGACAGAAAACUAUUGGGUUGAUAACACGGCUGAAGACGACCGCCCGGCCGUGGACAUCGUGUUAAAUCACCGCCUCAGAGAGGGCGUAGAUCCGAACAACCCCGACAUCGAUCGCCAUGACUUUGAGUUUUACAUCAAAUGGCAGGGCAAGUCACACUAUCAUGCGACAUGGGAGAGAGACGAUACUCUUGCAAAUUGCCGUAGCACGCGACGUCUUGACAAUUAUGUCCGCAAGACUCUUUCCGAAGAAAUUCGUUUGAAUGUCGGCGAUGACGUCCCUCCCGAGGACCGAGAAAAAUGGAAUCUCGAUCGCGAAAGAGACGUCGAUGCCAUUGAAGACUACAAACAAGUGGAACGAGUCAUUGGGAUGCGUGAAGGUGAUGAUGGAACGGAAUAUUUGGUCAAGUGGAAGCGAUUAUUCUACGACGCGUGUACAUGGGAGAACGAAGAGCUGGUCAGUGAGAUCGCUCAACGGGAAGUUGACCGAUUCUUGGACCGUUCGUCUCGUCCGCCUAUUUCAGAAAAGACCGAAUCCAACCACCUUACACGCAAACAAUUCGAGACCAUCAAGGGCACUCCGGACUUCCUGCAGAAUGGUGAAUUGAAGGAAUUCCAAGUCAAAGGCUUAAACUUCAUGGCCUUUAACUGGGUCAAAAAUCGCAAUGUGGUGCUUGCCGAUGAGAUGGGACUGGGGAAAACUGUACAGACUGUUGCUUUCAUCAACUGGCUACGUCAUGUAAGGCGUCAGCAGGGACCUUUCGUAGUUGUUGUCCCCCUCUCGACAAUGCCAUCUUGGGCCGAUACCUUCGACAACUGGACACCCGAUCUGAACUAUGUUGUUUACAAUGGUAACGAGGCUGCUCGUGCUGUUCUCCGUGAGCAUGAACUCAUGAUUGACGGCAACCCUAAGCGUCCCAAGUUUAAUGUACUACUUACAACAUAUGAAUACGUGCUGCUCGACUCAUCAUUCUUGAGCCAGUUCAAAUGGCAGUUUAUGGCCGUUGAUGAAGCACAUCGGCUGAAGAACCGCGAUUCCCAGCUUUACACAAAACUGCUGGAGUUUAGAUCCCCUGCCCGCCUUCUCAUUACUGGUACCCCAAUCCAGAACAAUCUUGCCGAGCUCUCCGCCCUGUUGGACUUCUUAAACCCUGGUCUUGUUGAUGUCGAUGUCGACAUGGACCUGAAUGCUGAAGCAGCCUCCAGUCAGCUCGCAGAGUUGACAAAGGCCAUUCAACCCUUUAUGCUGCGUCGGACGAAGUCUAAGGUUGAAUCGGAUCUCCCACCAAAGACCGAGAAGAUCAUCCGGGUUGAGCUUUCCGACGUCCAAUUGGAGUACUAUAAAAACAUUCUCACGAAGAACUACGCAGCUUUGAACGACGGUGCAAAGGGCCAGAAGCAAUCGCUUUUGAACAUCAUGAUGGAGUUGAAGAAAGCUAGCAACCACCCUUUCAUGUUUCCCAAUGCUGAAGCUAGAAUCUUAGAUGGCAGCUCCCGCAGAGAGGACGUGCUUAGAGCCAUGAUUACCAGCAGUGGCAAGAUGAUGCUCCUGGACCAACUCCUGGCGAAACUGAAGCGAGAUGGCCACCGCGUGUUGAUCUUCAGUCAAAUGGUCAAGAUGCUGGAACUUCUUGGCGACUACAUGGAAUAUCGUGGCUAUACAUAUCAGCGUCUUGAUGGUACUAUCCCUGCGGCUGCUCGUCGGCUUGCUAUCGAACAUUACAAUGCCCCUGGGAGCAGCGACUUUGCGUUUAUUCUCUCUACCAGAGCAGGUGGUCUCGGAAUCAACCUCAUGACUGCUGACACCGUCGUUCUUUUCGACUCGGAUUGGAACCCACAAGCCGAUCUUCAAGCCAUGGCCAGAGCUCAUCGUAUUGGGCAGACUCGGCCUGUCAGUGUGUACCGUCUAGUUUCGAAGGACACAGUUGAGGAGGAGGUAAUCGAGAGAGCUCGUAAUAAGCUCCUUCUUGAGUUCAUCACUAUUCAGCGUGGUGUCACGGAUAAGGAAGCAACCGAAAUCCAGAACAAGAUGGCUCGGGGUGGAAUUUCUAUGAGCGAGCCUAAUUCUACCGAUGACAUUUCUCGUAUUCUCAAACGCCGCGGUCAGAGAAUGUUUGAGCAGACCGGUAACCAAGCCAAAUUGGAGCAGCUCGACAUUGACUCCGUCCUUGCCAAUGCGGAACUUCAUCAGACAGAACAAGCAGAGGAGAUCCAGGCUGAUGGUGGUGAGGAGUUCCUCAAAGCCUUUAACUAUGUUGAUAUCAAGGUUGAUGACCUUAGCUGGGACGAUAUCAUUCCUAAAGAUCAGCUGGAAGAGAUUAAGGCCGAGGAGAAAAAGAAAGCAGAUGAAAUGUACCUGGCGGAUGUUAUCGAGCAGAACAAACCUCGCAAGCGCAAUGGACCCAUUGAUGAGCGAGACACCCGAGAAGAACGCAAAGCCAAGAGGCAAGCGAGGGCUCAGGUCACCAUGGAUGAUGGUGACGAGUCCGAUGGCGAUGUUCCAUUGGAUCCCAAGCGUCCGCUUGUUGAGAAGGAAUACCGCCAUCUGCUACGAGCAUUUUUGCGAUAUGGUGAUAUGAACGGCCGCGAAGAAGACGUCGUAAGGGAGGCUCGCUUGUUGGAUCGUGACAGGGAGACUGUAAAGGCUUCGCUGCGCGAGAUAACAGACAAGGCGGCUGCCCUCGUAAAGGAAGAUGUUGAGAAGAUGGAGGCCCUCGAGCAGGCGGGCAAAAUGCCCACCAAGAAGGAAAAGAAGGCUGUUCUUUUCGAUCUUCACGGGGUGAAGCGCCUUAACGCGUAUACUAUUGUGGAACGCCCCAAUGAAAUGCGCAUCUUGAAGGAUGCCGCUGCUGCCGUGCCAGAUUUCAGGAACUUCCGGGUCCCUGAAGCCACAAAGGCGGCUGAUUACAGCUGUCCGUGGGGUGCACGGGAGGAUGGCAUGCUCUGCAUUGGAGUUGCACGCCAUGGUUACGGGGCCUGGACGCAGAUUCGGGAUGAUUCUGACCUUGGGCUUGGGGAUAAAUUCUUCCUCGAAGAGCAUCGGGUAGAGCGAAAAACCGAACGACUCAAUAAGGAAGAUAAAACCACCAAAUCGCCUGGAGCUGUUCACCUUGUUCGUCGUGCGGACUAUCUGUUGUCUGUCCUGAGGGAUAAAGUCAGCAAUGGUACAAGCGUCCUCGCGAAGAGAGCGGUAGAAAAUCACCACCGCAACAAUCGCAAGAAUUCCCGUGGCCUUGCCAGCGCUAGUGUGUCUGCCUCUCCGGCGCCUUCAAUGUCUCGCAAAGGCCAUCGCGAAGUGGACCGGGCACGACACCGGUCUCAUGGGGUCCGUGAUAGCGUCGAACGCCAUCACACUCCCAACCACGACCGGCCGAGGUCUGUUCAUGACCAUGAUAGGCCCCGCCAUCGAAUGUCCGAUGCGUCGAGCGAAGAGGUUCGUCGCCGCAAAAACAGCGAAAAUGGUAGCUCCGGCAAAGAGGACAUGUCUCGCUUGUUCUUCAAGCCAAUCCGUGAUGAUUUGAAACGAGUGUCCUCGGUCACCAAAGAAAACUUCCCAGGCAAAGCAGCCAGAGCUUUGGAGCUGCGGGACCUGCUUCGUAAGAUUGGCGAUUUCAUACGACGCACUUUGCAGGGCGAGGGCUCCAUGCCUUCGCUUGAAGUCCGCCUAUGGCAUUAUGUCGCCGUGAACUAUUGGCCAAAUAAAGACGCCGGAGGGGCUAAACUUCAGGAAAUGUACCAAAAGCUGAGCGCUGCUCGGGAUGCCAAUGCAGCCAAGCCAGCUUCCAACGGAACAUAG